AUGGGACUCGUUCGAAAAGAGGCUGUUUCGUUCUGGCCCCAAAGGGAUUGUGAGCAUCUUUAUUGCAACUUUGCCAUAUUCCUACCUCAUAUCAUGGUGAAGCAGCAAAGAGCGUUUGCUAAGGUGAAACCCGAAAAAGAGACAAAUGGACCGAAAGAUUCUAGCCCAUCAAUCUCCAGCAUACAACCAGCUCAGCUGUCUUCGAAAGUGACGUCCAUGAGAUUCAUGCAGAGGAAGGCGCAGGAGUUGAGCUAUGCAGCAAGGACCGGUGAAGAGUCGAGAGCAUCUAGAGGGCUCGAGGAAGCUGCCCUCAAUGCGAUUCUUCGAUCAGAGGAAGGAAAUCCUUUGAUCCGUUACUGUCCAGGACGAAGAUCUUUCGGAGGCUUCAACAAACCAAUGGAGGAUUAUGGCGUCAUGCAGAUCAAAGACUUCAAGAGGAUGGCCAAAGAGUUUGUGGGAGCAACCAAGAAGAUGAAUGCAAACAACCAUGCCGAGAACGUCUCGCACGGCAACGACUCCAAUGCAGGAAAAGAUGUCAGUGACAAGGAGAUGGCAAAAGCCCUGGGGAGGUGUCAUGUGAACUUGUGCGGGUUUAGACUGAUGCAUGUGAUAGGAAAACCGAAGGAGAUAAAAAGCCAACCAAAAAACAGAAAAUCGCCGAAUGAGUGA